AUGGACUCGUCCGACCAAGACCCCCGGCGCCCGCUGCCGCCCAUGACCCUGCAUGAGUGCAUCAUGUGCAACCUCGAGCUGGCCUGCCUGGGCUGGGAGGUCGUUUCCGUGGACGUCCAUCCCAAGUUCGAGCCCACCGUCUGCUGGGGCACUUUGACAUGGUCUGGGCCAGCCCUGUGUGCACCGAGUACUUGCAGGCGCUGCGGAAACCUGCGGCCGCGGUCGUGGGCCUUGGAGAACCCGCAGACGGGGCUGCUGAAAACUCGGCCCUUCAUGCAGGGGCUGCCCUUCUCGGACGUCUGCUACUGCAAGUACGGGUACCGGUACCGGAAGGCGACAAGGAUCUGGCACAACCUGCCUUGGCGGCCCUCAGAGGCCAUGCAUGUGCCUCAAAGGCAGCCGCUGCGCCGCCUUCGCGGACGGCAGCACAGCGGGGAGGACCGCAGGCCGCCGCGGCCAGCAGAGCCAGAGGCAGCUCUACAGCAUGCCCCCGCGGCUCUGCGACGAGCUGGCCGCGGCUGUCAGCGGCUGAUCGGGAGGCUGCCGGCGAACGGCGUGCUGGUGGGUCCAAGUCGCACAGGCAAGACCGUGCUCCUCGUGUCCAUGAUCUUGGAGCAGUACAGAGGCUGCUAUUCCUGCAUCUACAUCAUGUCACCUUCCGUGGACAUAGAUUCGGCCUGGGACCCCGUGAAGGACUACAUUCGCGAGGAGCUGGGCGUCGACACAGACCGUGAGCAGGCUUGGUGGACCGAGUGGGACGAGGACGCGCUGCGCCGCAUCAUGGAGCAGCAGAAGCGGAUCACACAGCAGUCCAAGCGCCUGGGCAUGAAGAAGCUGUACCAAGUUUUGCUGGUACUCGACGACGUAGCGGACGCCAAGGGGGUCCACAACAGGACCGGGGAUGGCAUGCUGGACAAAUUGUACAUCAGAGGCCGCCAUUACAUGAUUUCAACGUGGACCAGCGCCCAAAAGCUGCGACUGAUGAGCUCCGCCGUGCGGGUGAACAUCAUGUUCGCCUGCGUCUUCCGUCUGCGGAACCGCCUGGAGCUGGAAGCUCUGGUGGAAGAAUUGAGCGCGCUCGUAGACAAGGAGACACUUUACGGGGAGGAAGCCUUCUGGGUGCGCUUCGAGCGGAAAUUCGUGCUGGACGGUGCCGCGGAGCCCGCGGAGCCCAUGGAGCCCCAGCAGCCGGUAAAUGGGCGGCUUCCUGUCAGCGGCGGCCAGCAAGCUGGCGGGCCGAUCAUCGAAAGCGAGUGCAGCAACAUUAGGUGCUGCAGCAGCAGUCAGCCCAAUGUCUACGACCCGCGCCUGGCCACCACGGCCAGCGGGCUCUCCCGAACGCCCACCAUCUACGUGGACACGGGCUCCGACAGCAACUUUACCUUCGAGCUUCCGGAGACGCUGCACAUGCAGACCAGCGCCAAGCUGGCAGGAGCUGCAGAGUAG